AUGAAUAGCGUAUAUAUGCUAUUGGAUAUUGUUUUAUUGGGCAUAACAGAAAAGCAGCGAGGGCGAUAUGCUGCUCUGGCCAUCGCUGCAGUGGUCAUAAUAGUGGGAAUCCCGCUGUGGUGGAAAACCACCGAGACCUACCGAGCCUGGCUGCCUUUCUCGGACAUCAACGAACUCGACUCGCUCCAGCUCCGGCUCAGUGUUGAUAUCGAGGUGGUCUUCUCUCGGGGGACACUGACCCCAGAACAGCAGAAGAAGAUGCCACUCAGUCAUGUAAGCGAGAAAGAGCACCAAGUUGAUGCUAAGACAGGUUUGAGGUACCAAUAUGAAACCAGGUACCGCACUGCCACUGUAAUGGAAGAAGACGCCUUGAAUCAGCCCACAGCUGCAGAGGCUGAUUUAUCCUUGCACACGCUGACAGAGAGUUCCUGUGGGUCUGUGGUUGUGUAUCUGAUCCCCGAGUCCUCCGUCCUUCUUCCAGAGGAUGUGAAAGUGUACGUUGGACAGAGGCGCACCGCUCUGCUGCGUUCCCCUCCUUUUAAAAGUUCUUGGAGUCUGAAUGAAGUCAUCUCCAGUCUAAACCCAAGAGUGGAGCAGAUAGCGAGCACCAUGUCUUUCAGUCAUCAGGAUAUUACUGCAGCUCUGAGCGACCGAGUCCGAAUGACCAAAGUGACCAAAGAGAGUAUGGCAGACAGCAUGAGGGCCAUCAAAUCUAGUCCAGGUUAUGAGAUCACUUUCAGUCUACUGAACCCCGACCCGAAGUCACACAGUCUUCACUGGGAUAUCGAGGGUGCUCUUCAUAGCUACAUUCAGCCGUUAUUGAACAAACUUGCUCCUAUUGCCAACUUUUCUGUGGAUUCUCAGAUUCUGUAUUAUGCAGUUCUAGGGGUGAAUCCUCGUUUUGACAACAGUGUGUCGGCCUAUACACUGAAUGCAGACAGCCUGUCUCAUGUCAUCAAUCCCGUCGAGGCCAGACUAGGAUCAAACGCUGCUUCCUCAAACCCUGUCCUGAACUUCCUGCUGUAUGUGCCAGAUGCCCAUCACUCUCCUCUGUUCAUCAAAGACCACAGCAGAAGAGAGGUGCCCACCAAUGCCUUUCACAGCCCGCGCUGGGGCGGCAUCAUGGUGUACAAUGUGAAUGAUCUGUACGGCCCUGAAUCUGAACGUCCUGUCAAUAUCGACAUUAACAUGGCUAAAGUGAUGGGUGUUUUCUUGGCACAGUUACGGCUCAUGUUGGGUGUCCAUAAAACUCAUCCUCCAUCAGGCUUCGUGCUUCAGAGUCCCGGCAGCGCUGGACUGGCUGACUGGGAGCUGGACAGGCUGAUGUGGAGCCGCAGCGUGGAGAACAUCGCCACUGCCAGCACCACCAUCACCUCUCUGGCUCAGCUGCUCGACCAGAUUGGAAAUAUCGUCAUUAAUGAUAACAUCGCACUGCAGGUUUCCAGUGCAGUGACAUCUCUCCAGUCUGCUGUGGCUGAAUUGGAUGCAGGGAAUUUGGCUUUUGCGCUCCAGUACAGCAGGGAAGCUAUUCUGGCAUCAGAGAGGGCUUUUUUCGACCCUUCACUCUUGCAUCUGCUUUACUUUCCAGAUGAUCAGAAGUUUGCCAUCUACAUUCCUCUCUUCCUCCCCAUGUGUGUGCCUAUUGUGCUUUCCUUGCUUAAAAUAGUGAGUGAAGUUAAGAAAAGGCGAGCAGAAAAACAAGCUAAAAGUGACUGAGAAGCCAUGGCUUGUUUGUUUGCUAACACACUGAUUCAUUAAAAGAAGAUGUGUGUGGGAUGUACCUUUUAAUUUAAUUUAUUAAACCAAGUGUUCAACUGACAGCAACUGAAAAAGAACUUGUGCAAUAGCUGGUAUCAGAUUAAUGACAUUGCGGUUUAAAUGUACACUGGCAGCUGUACUGAACAGUGAAUUGUUGAAAUGGUUGAUUCUGUCUGGGAGGAAUUUGCUGUUGGUUUUUGUUGAUGCGCACAUUAAGUGUUUGCACUCUGUGUCUUGCUUUAACACUGUAAUCCUGGGUCAUGAUCUCAGUUUCAUUAGAGUUUACGAGGUUUUUUUAUAACAUGGUUGAGUGGCAUUCUCGACAACAAAAAUCAAUUAUAUUUGCUUGUAAGGUUAUUUUUAAUGACAUUACAAGAAUUCCUCAGAAA